GGCACAGCUGCUUGCUUGUGCGCACUUUUGACGCUUUCCAACACCACUUACAUACUGUCGCGAAAUCGUUGUUUAUUUAUUUUAUAAGAUUGGAAAAUGUGGAAGUACGGACAAAACCAAGGCAACCAGGGACCAGCUGGAGCCGGCGGACCGGGUGGGGGCCCCAACAUGGGGAUGCCCAUGGGCGGAUUCGGCAUGCAGCACGGCAACAUGCAGCAGAUGCACAUGUCGCCGCAGCAUCAGCAACAACAACAAAUGGGCAUGAUGGGCGGACCGGGCGGCAUGCAGAUGAAUCCCCAAGGACCCCAAGGUCCUGGCGGCCUAAUGCCCGGCAUGUCGCCGCAGCACCAAAUGCAGCAGCAGCAGCAGAUGAUGCAGCAGCAGCAAAUGAUAAUGCCGCAGCAAGGAGUGGGCGUAGGAGUCGGAGUGGGCGUGGGCGUCGGAAUGGGCGGCAGCGUGGGCGUCGGCCUGGGAGGAGGGGGCGUGGUGCCCCAACAGCAGCAGCCGCAGCAAAACAUGCCACAGCAGAACAUUCCCCAACAGCAGCAGCUCAAUCCUGGAGCGGGAAUGCCGCCUGGAGGCGCCGGGGGCAACAACAAUAUGCUGGCCAUCUCGCAGCAAAAUCCCCACAAGGAGAUCAACAUUGUGCAGCUAUCCCGCUUGGGCCAGGAGACCGUGCAGGACAUCGCCUCGCGCUUCCAGGAGGUGUUCGCCUCGCUCAAGAACAUCCAGCCCACCUCGCACAGGGACAACAACACCGAGAAGAAGGUGCAGGAGUACUUCCGCACCAUCAGGCUGCUCUUCAAGCGGGUCCGCAUCAUCUACGAGAAGUGCAACGAUGCCGGGAUGGACUACAUGAGCGCCGAGAGCCUGAUUCCCUACCGCGAUGAGCCGGAGCCGAGGAUCGAGCCCUCGCAGUGCGAUGAGUACCGAAAGGUCCUGCAGGAGAACCAUGAGCUCAUCGAGACCGUGAAGCUGAAGAACCGACAGCUGCGCGAGAUCAUCGAUAGGACACGCAUCAUCAUCUGGGAGAUCAACACCAUGCUAGCCAUGCGGCGCUCAUAGGUUUAUAGAUUCUAAAUAUGUAUUAACACUUAAAUAAAACUAAAAAACAUUGCCAAGAAAA